AUGCCAAGGGAAGUGUCAGAUGGACCCGAACCCAAGCUCGGACGGCCAUGGAGGGCAAAGAACCUGCUCAAGGGCCCCAGCGGCCUGGCCGACGAGAUCAAUUUUGAGGACUUCCUAACCAUCAUGGCCUACGUCCAGCCCAUCCACGUCACCAUGGAUGAGGAGCAGGUGCAGCUGUGCCAGAAAGAGAAGCUGCGAUUGUUCCACAUGUAUGACUCGGACAGCGACGGCCGCAUCACCCUGGAGGAAUAUCGAAAUGUGGUGGAGGAGCUGCUCUCGGGGAACCCGCACAUCGAGAAGGACUCGGCCCGCUCCAUCGCCGACGGGGCCAUGAUGGAGGCGGCCAGCGUCUGCAUGGGGCAGAUGGAGCCUGACCAGGUGUACGAGGGCAUCACCUUCGACGACUUCCUGCAGAUCUGGCAGGGGAUCGACAUCGAGACCAAGAUGCACGUCCGCUUCCUUAACAUGGAGACCAUGGCCCUCUGCCACUGAGCGCUCCCCGCGGAGACCGCACUUUGCACCGUGCAGCCCUCCAAGGCCGAGCAGCCCCCCGAGGCCUGAGCAGCAGGCCGGGGCCUGUGCCCCGCAGCUCAUCCCGCCCCCAGGACAGGGCAUGGUGUGUGGGACUUUACUGUUUUUAUCUCCAAUAAAAAAGGAACAGGGUUUGUUAAUGAA